ACUUCCUUAUUUUGUAAGCAAUGUUGCGUGGGAGUUGGCUUAUUUUCUUCAAUGGAGCAUGGUAUACGCCAAAGAUUUUGGAAGUAAGGAUGAGGAGCACCGUAUUUAUAAGUUACAUUUAGAAGCAAUUAAUAAAAAUCCUAAUCUACUGGAGAACCGUGACAUUGAAAAAACCCUGGGGUCAGCAAGACGGGCGUUAAAUAAUUUUAAGGGAGAGGCGGAUUCGGAUAAAGUCACUAGCCUUUGGCAAAAUAGCUCGUCUUUCUUAAAUAUGCUGAGAACGGCUGUAGAUCUUAACACAAGCAAGAUUCUCAAUCGAGUAGCUGAUUUACAUGAUGAUGUCAGCCAGACAAUUUUUAACGUCUCUAAAGAUAAAUUACGUAUCGAACGUAAGAGAACUCAUUUUUAUGAAAAGUCACAAGAAUCGCCAUCAAAAAAGACCAAGGCUGACUAUAUUAUCGAUGAAGACACACUUAACUCGAAAGAGAGUGACUCGGAAGAGAAUUGUGUGGAAAUUAGUGAAGAAAAGUUGCAAGAAUCACCAACAAAAAGGACCAAGGCUGACUAUAUUA